CAGAUUAACACUAAAGCCCCACAAUGUCCUUGAAACCACGAGUAGUUGACUUUGAUGAAACAUGGAACAAACUUCUAACAACAAUUAAAGCUGUUGUUAUGUUGGAUUACGUUGAAAGAGCAACGUGGAAUGAUCGCUUCUCAGACAUUUAUGCUUUGUGUGUGGCCUAUCCUGAACCUCUUGGAGAGAGACUUUAUACUGAGACUAAAAUUUUUUUGGAAAAUCAUGUACGCCAUUUGCACAAGAGGGUUCUGGAAGCUGAAGAGCAAGUACUGGUUAUGUAUCACAGAUACUGGGAAGAGUAUAGCAAAGGGGCGGACUAUAUGGACUGUUUAUACAGGUACCUCAACACACAGUUUAUUAAGAAGAACAAAUUGACUGAAGCUGAUCUUCAGUAUGGUUAUGGAGGGGUGGAUAUGAAUGAACCAUUGAUGGAAAUAGGAGAGCUAGCUCUUGAUAUGUGGAGAAAAUUAAUGAUUGAGCCACUGCAGGCCAUCCUUAUUCGGAUGCUCCUCCGAGAAAUAAAAAAUGAUCGCUGUGGAGAAGACCCAAAUCAGAAAGUAAUCCAUGGGGUUAUUAACUCCUUUGUUCAUGUUGAACAGUAUAAGAAAAAAUUCCCCCUAAAGUUUUAUCAGGAAAUUUUUGAGUGUCCUUUUCUGAAUGAAACAGGGGAGUAUUAUAAACAAGAAGCUUCAAAUUUAUUGCAAGAGUCAAAUUGCUCACAAUACAUGGAGAAGGUUUUAGGUAGAUUAAAAGAUGAAGAAAUGCGGUGUCGGAAAUACUUGCAUCCCAGCUCAUAUGGCAAAGUGAUUCAUGAAUGCCAACAGAGAAUGGUAGCUGAUCACUUGCAGUUUCUACAUGCAGAAUGUCACAAUAUUAUCAGACAAGAGAAAAGAAGUGACAUGGCAAAUAUGUAUACUCUACUUCGUGCUGUGUCAAGUGGUUUACCUCAUAUGAUUCAGGAACUACAGAACCAUAUCCAUGAUGAGGGCCUUAGAGCAACCAGCAAUCUUUCUCAGGAAAAUAUGCCAACUCAGUUUGUGGAGUCAGUUUUGGAAGUACAUAGUAAAUUUGUUCAGCUCAUCAACACUGUUUUGAAUGGUGAUCAACACUUUAUGAGUGCCCUUGACAAGGCUUUGACAUCAGUAGUUAAUUAUAGGGAGCCCAAGUCGAUCUGCAAAGCACCUGAGUUGCUGGCCAAGUACUGUGACAACUUGUUGAAGAAAUCGGCAAAAGGAAUGACAGAAAAUGAAGUAGAAGACAAACUUACAAGUUUCAUUACUGUUUUCAAAUACAUUGAUGACAAAGAUGUAUUCCAAAAGUUUUAUGCCAGAAUGUUGGCAAAAAGACUAAUUCAUGGUUUGUCCAUGUCUAUGGAUUCUGAAGAAGCCAUGAUUAAUAAACUAAAGCAAGCCUGUGGUUAUGAAUUUACCAGCAAGCUCCAUCGAAUGUAUACAGACAUGAGUGUUAGUGCUGAUCUCAACAAUAAAUUCAACAACUUUAUCAAAAACCAGGACACGAUUAUAGAUUUGGGAAUUAGUUUUCAGAUAUAUGUUCUACAGGCUGGUGCAUGGCCUCUAACUCAGGCUCCUUCUUCUACAUUUGCAAUUCCUCAGGAACUGGAAAAAAGUGUACAGAUGUUUGAAUUAUUUUACAGUCAGCAUUUUAGUGGAAGGAAGCUUACUUGGUUACAUUAUCUUUGUACAGGUGAAGUAAAAAUGAAUUAUUUGAGCAAACCUUACGUAGCCAUGGUCACAACAUACCAAAUGGCAGUGUUGCUUGCCUUCAACAACAGUGAAACUGUCAGUUACAAGGAGCUUCAGGAUAGUACACAAAUGAAUGAGAAGGAACUGACAAAAACCAUCAAAUCCUUACUUGAUGUCAAAAUGAUCAACCAUGACUCAGACAAGGAAGAUGUAGAGGCAGAGUCUACGUUUUCAUUAAAUAUGAACUUCAGCAGUAAACGAACAAAAUUUAAAAUUACUACAUCAAUGCAGAAAGACACGCCACAGGAGAUGGAGCAGACCAGAAGUGCUGUAGAUGAAGACAGAAAAAUGUAUCUUCAAGCUGCUAUAGUUCGUAUCAUGAAAGCACGUAAAGUGUUGCGACAUAACGCUCUUAUUCAGGAGGUAAUUAGCCAAUCAAGAGCUAGAUUUAACCCAAGUAUCAGCAUGAUUAAAAAGUGUAUUGAAGUUCUGAUAGACAAACAGUACAUAGAGCGAAGCCAGGCCUCUGCAGACGAAUACAGUUAUGUAGCAUGAUGUUGCUACCCUGCAGGUAUGAUUGUAAGGAGAUCAUUGCUGUCACUGUUUGGUGUGUUCCUGUGGGAAGAGGCAGGCCUGUGCCUCCAUAAUUGGUCACUUGGCAGCCCCUGUUUUUCUGCUGUUUACAACAUCACCAGUGCCAUGUCAUGAGCGUCAAUGAAAAUGCCUAUAGAUAUUUCAAGCUCAUGUCAUUAUGACAUUUCUUAAAACUUUACUAAAAGAAUGAGUGAAGUAUUGCUGAAAUGUGGAAAAUUGGUUGGGUACCAUGCUUUUUUUUUUUUUUCUCCCCUUUCACGUUUGCAGUUGAUGUUUUUUAAUGUAUCUUAAGACAAAGUAAAAAAAAAAAAAACAAAACUAAAUAUUGUAAUAUGACAGAUAACCUAAUAAUUGUAUCUACAUUAAAAUGUAAAAAAAUGACGAACAUGAUACUGCUGCUUGUCAAAUAAAAAAAAUAAAGUUAUA